AUGGCGUCGACCAAUAUAAGGGACCUGCUGACUGCCUUCAGUCCUUCGUUGGAUUACUUCGCAAUCAGCUCCGGCGACGGUCGAGUGAAGAUUUGGGACACGCUGAAGGGCCAGGUGCACACGGAGUUUGCAGACAUAGCGUCCACUGAUGUGAGUCUGCUGGCCAAGGCGGAGAGAGGGCACCUCUCGGUCGAUUAUACGUGCAUGAAAUGGCUCUCCCUGGACAGAAAGAAGAAAAGGAAGAUAGGGAGUUCGUUGUUAGUGUUAGGAACUGGUAGUGGGGAUGUCCUGGCCCUUGACGUUGCUGCUGGUCAACCCAAGUGGAUAGUUAGUGAUUGCCAUCCCGGGGGUGCAACUUCGAUUUCAUUUUCUACCAGUGAAUCAAGCAUUUACACUGCAGGCGCUGAUGGAAUGAUUUGCAAGAUCGAUCCACAAACUGGAAAUGUGUUGGGAAAGUUCAAAGCUUCAUGCAAAGCAAUAUCCUCUAUGUGUGUUUCUCCAGAUGGCAAGAUAUUGGCCACUGCUGCUUCACAGUUGAAAACUUUCAAUUGCUCUGAUCACAGAAAAAUACAGAAAUUUUCUGGUCAUCCAGGAGCUGUGCGGUGUAUGAUUUUUACUGAUGAUGGAAAAUACAUUCUCUCUGCAAGUGGUGAAAGAUAUGUUGCACUUUGGAGAACUGGCAGUGGCAAAAAACAGUCGGCCUGUGUUUUUGCAAUGGAGCAUCCUGCAGUUUACCUUCAUGCCAAGUGUUUUGAGAAAGGUGAAGCAGAUGACAAUGAGGGUCUCUAUGUUCUGGCCAUCUCAGAGACCGGUGUUUGUUACACAUGGUGUGGGCAGAGUGUUGAGGAACUACAGACUGCCAAGCCCACAAAGGUCUCACUAUCUUAUGAUGAUAAAAAGCACAGGGGUGCACUGCCUGCAAUAUUUGCAGCACAAUUACAAGUCAUCCCCAAACCUACAUCUGCAAAUGUGUAUCUUGCCUAUGGUCUGUUGGUGAAGCCUUCAUUUCAGAAAGUAUUAGUCGAAGCUGGGAAUGAUGUCGAGUUAAGUAGUUUUCAGGAUGGAGUUCUCUUUCCUACUAGGCAGUCCAUUAGAUCUAAGAAAGGGAUGGAUCGAGUUACUGCUUUGGACCGUGCUAAUGUGGAGGAUGCCCUUCUUCCAGUGGCAAAAGUAUCCGAUAUUCAUGUUGCUUUGGAUAGCCGAAGUCAAGUUGAGUCUUUAGAGUUUAAAGAUGACAUGGUAGAUGUUGAGACUCCAACAACUAGCAUGGAGACACGAUUGAGACAAUUGAGAAUACUACCGAGCGAUGGUGACAUCGUCAAACCUGUGAUGGAUUCUUUAACUUCUAUGGGAAUCCAGCUCGAAGAUAACUUCCCCCAAAAGAAGAUCAGGGCUUCUGUUUUUUCCAUGGAACCAAGCAAUGCAUACAAGUUACUCGAGACCUUGGUGUCCAUAUGGAAGUUGAGAUUACAUAGUGGAAAGUCGGUGCUAGCAUGGAUGUCCUGGAUAUUGGUCGUUCAUGGUCAAUACAUUGUGGCCCAAGAAAAAUCUGAAGAAACCCAAUUGCUAAGCUCCUUGCUGAAGAUUACCAAAUCUAGAGAGGCUGCUGUACAACCUUUAUUGCAGUUAUCAGGUCGUUUUCAGCUUGUGACAGCACAGUUUGACACGGACUCCCUGAAGAGUAACCAUGCUGAAUUGCCGGACGACCAAGUGGAAGAUGAAGAUGAUGACGACGAUGAGGAUGUUGAUGAGCGUAUAUAUGGUCAGGAAGACGAUGAAUCCGAUUUAAGCAGUGAUGAUGAUAAGUAG